CCUUCAUUUUAUUUUCUUGAGAAAUAACAAUAAAAAAAAAAAGACCUAGUUUGUUCUUUAGUUAUGCCAAAAGAACAAAAACUGAAUGAAAAUCAACUAUUAAACAACAAACAACAAAGACAACAAAUCAACAUGCCUACUUCAUCUGUUUCCCAAGCUUACCCUUUUGGUAUCUCAUUUUCUUCCAACGUACAGAUAAGCGAAAGUGAUGAUAUUGCAUACAUUGAAAAAAGAACUGCUCAUAACGCCCUCGAAAGACAAAGAAGAGAAGGACUUAAUUCUAAGUUUCAAGAACUUGCUCAUGUCUUGCCUGCAUUGCAACAAAUUCGAAGACCCAGCAAGAGCAUGAUUGUCGCCAAAUCUCUUGAGUUUGUCUCAAACGCUCAAGAAAGAGAAUCAGAAUACCAAGAACAACUACGUACUUUACGUAAAGAAAACGAACAGUUGAUGAGACAAGCUAGCCUUUCUAGAAAACGAAACAAAAAACAAGAACGCAAAAGCAAAAGUCCAUCACCUAAACAGCAAGAAGAACCGGCUUCUCAUGAAACACCAUCUCCUAAACAAGAAUAUAUUAGCAAGAAACGAUCCAGAGAAGAUGCUUCACCGCCCAUGGAUUCACCUCAACAGCUAUUGUCUCCUCCCCUUGUUCAAUCUAAUGUAAACAAGAAGAGAAAGAAAAACACAACAACUGAAACACAAAGCUCAUCUUAUACUCUUCAACCCCUGACGACAGAACAACCCUCGAUGGCACAAAGGCAGUUUUAUCAUCAAAGAUACGAUAGUGUCCAAUCUGUUUCAACCUCUUCUACAUCUUCCAACUUCAUUUCUGCUCAAAUACAACCUGAAAUGAUAUCGCCUGCAGUGUCUAGACACAACAGCCUUACGAUUAGUGACCCAUUAUCAUUGGCAUUCAACAAUGAAAACAAUAGCGACAUGCUGAUAAAUCCGUCUUUCAAUAUGACUUCACCCUUUGGAACAGAACAUGUCUUUUACAACACAUUUGAUCAUAUUGUUAGUUCCAUUCCUGCUUUAAGAACCCCAAUCGGUAGUUCUUCUUCUUCUGUGAUUCAGCCACAGCAACAACCAGAAGAAACCAAUUAUGACCCAACAUUAGAUAUUUUAAAUUCCUUUAUGCAAGCACAAGACCCUUCUUCUGAACAUCAAUACUGGCAUUGAUCUUCUAAAGAAACCUACAAUGUUAUUUUGAACUCUUUUAUGCAAGCACAAGUUCCCUUUUUUUUUUUUUGAACGUCAAUACUGGCAUUGAUCUUCU